AUGGGCAAGAACGCGGGCCACAAGGCGAUGCAGGCGCAGCGGUACGCCUCGAGCGGCGCCGGCGGCGGCGAGGACGCGGCGCCCGGCGCGCCGCCCACCACUGCGUCGGUGCACCAGGAGGCCGACGUCACAUACCACACCCCCGAGUGGCACGCCGCUCGCAUAGCGGCGCUGACGUCGACGCGCAUGAGCUGGGAUGACUUUAGAAAGCAGCAACGGGACCUGCAGGCGAAGGAGGACGCUCUUGUCGGCAGUGAGAAGGCCGUGCGUGAGUGCCGCGGUUGGGCGGCGGGGUCGCAGCAGACGCGGCAGCAGGAGGGUCAGGGGGGAAGCAGCAGCAGCAGCAGCAGCAGCAACAACAGCAGCAGCAGCAGCAGCAGCGAUGGCAUAAGCGGUGGCAGCAGCAGCAGCAGCAGCAGCAGCAGCAGCAGCAGCAGCAGCAGCAGCAGCAGCAGCACCACCACCAGCACCAGCAGCAUUGCCAGCAGCAGGAGCACAUGCAUUAGACGGGAGCACAGGGCCCUCCUCGAUGCAGAGCGCGCGGCGCGGCUGGGCAGGGCUCCAGGGGCAGCGGUGGCGGGCAAGGAGCCAGAAUCCAAAAAGAAGCGUAAGAGCAAAGACAGGGAGCGGUCAAAGAGCAAGGACAAAGACAAGAAGAAGCGGAAAAAGUCGAAAGACAAGAAGGACAAAAAGAAGAGCAAAAGCAAGAGCAGCAAGAGGAAGCGGCGGCGCGGCAGCGAUAGCGGCAGCGGCAGCGACAGCAGCAGCAGCUCUGACAGCAGCGACUCUGACAGCGGCGGCGGCCACGGCGAGGAGCGGCAGCGUGGCGCCAAGGCAGCCAAGACUGAUGAUGGGCCCAUCAAGCUCAGCGAGUACCUCAGAUCAUGA